AUGGCGCCAUAUAGAGGUGUUAGAUAUCAUUUAAAAGAGUACUCCAUGCGUGGUCCACAAAAUUCUAAAGAGUUGUUUAAUCUUCGUCAUGCUUCUUUACGUAACACCAUUGAGCGAGCUUUUGGUGUCCUUAAAAGAAGGUUUCCUAUCAUUCGAAGUACAACGGAACCAUUUUACUCUUGUGAAACACAAUCUGCCAUAUUUUUGGCAUGUUGUAUUCUACACAACUUUUUAUUAGAUGAAGACCGCGACAUAAAUCUUGAAGAUGAGGUGAUGCAAGAGAUCUUAAAGGGACCACAAGAGCAAGAUCGUCGUAAUUCAACAGAAACAAAUGAGGGUAAUAGAAUGGCAGAGCAACUAAGGAAUUCAAUUGCAAAUGAAAUGUGGGCAAAUUAUUUGACACAUUCAAACAAUUAA